AUGCAGAUCCGAGCAGAUCCACGAGCAGAUCUAAGAGCAGAUUCCAGAGCCAGAUUAAGAGCCAGAUCAAGAGCCAGAUCUAAGAGCCAGAUCCAAGAGCAGAUCAAGAGCCAGAUCCAAGCAGCCAGAUCAAGAGCCAGAUCCAAAGAGCCAGAUAUAAGAAGCCAGAUCCACGAGCCAGAUCCAAGAGCAGAUCCAAGAGCGAUCAAGCGCCAGAUCCAAGAGCUAAUCCAGACCAGAUCAAGAGCCAGAUCUACAAGAGCCAGAUCUAAGAGCCAGAUCCAAGAGCCAGAUCCAAGCAGCCAAGAGCAGAUCACAGAGCCAGAUCCAGAGCCAGAUCCAGAGUCAGAUCCAGAGCAGAUCCAAGAGCAGAUCAAGAGCCGAUCAAGAGCAUCAAGAGCAGAUAAGAGCCAGAUCCAAAGAGCCAGAUCCAAGAGCCAGAUGCACAGAGCCAGAUCAAAAGCCAGAUCCAGAGCCAGAUCCAGAGCCAGAUCCAAGAAUCCAAGCCAGAUCCAAGAGCCAGAUAAGAGCCAGAUCCAGAGCCAUCCAAGAGCCAGAUCCAAAGCCAGAUCAAGAGCCAGAUCCAAGAGAGAUCCAAGGCCAAUCAAGAGCCAGAUCAAGAGCCAGAUCCAAGAGAGCCAGAUCCAUAGAGCCAGAUCCAAGAGCCAAGAUCCAAGAGCCAGAUCCACGAGCCAGAGAUCCAAGAGCCAGAUCCACGAGCCAGAUCCAAGAGCCAGAUCACGAGCCAGAUCAAGAGAGCCAGAUCUAAGGCAGUCCAGAGUCCAAGAAGCCAGAUCCAAGAAGCCAGAUCAAGAGCCAGAAUCUAAGAGCCAGAUCAAGAGCCAGCGAUCCAAGAGCAGAUCUAAGAGCCAGAUCAAUGAGCCAGAUCAAGAGCCAGAUCAAGAGGCCAGAUCCUCAAGAGCCAGAUCAAGAGCCAGAUUCCAAGAGCCAGAUCAAGCCAGAUCCAAGAGCAGAUCUAAGAGCCAGAUCCCAAGAGCCAGAUCCAAGAGCCAGAGAUUCCAAGAAGCCAGAUCCCAGAUCCAGAGCCCAGAUCCGAAGAGCCAGAUCCAAGAGAUCCAAGACCAGAUCCAAAGAGCCAGAUCAAGAGCCAGAUCUAAGAGCCAGAUCAAGAGCCAGAUCAAGAGCCAAGAUCUAGAUCCAAGAUCCAAGAGCCAGAUCCCAAGAGCCAGCCAGAUCCAAGGAAGCCAGAUCCAAGAAUCAAGAGCCAGAUCCAGAGCCAGAUCAAGAGCCAGAUCAAGAGCCAGAUCUAAGAGCCAGAUCCCAGAUCCAGAUCCAAGAACCAAGAGCCAGAUCAAGAGCCAGAUCCAAAGAGCCAGAUCUAAGAGCCCAGAUCCAAGAGCCAGAUCUAAGAGCCAGAUCAAGAGCCAGAUCCAAGAAUCCAAGAGCCACAGAGCCAAGAGCCAGAUCAAGAGGCAGAUCAAGAGCCAGAUUCCAAGAGCCAGAUCCAAGAAGCCAGAUCCAAGAGCCCAAGAAUCAAGAGCCAGAUCCAGAGCCAGAUCAAGAGCUAGAUCCAAGAGCCCAGAUCCAAGAUCCAAGAGCCCAGAGCCAGAGAAGAGCCAGAUCCAAAGAGCCAGAUCCAAGAGCCAGCCUAGAUCCAAGAGCCAGAUCCAGAGCCAGAUCAAGAGCCAGAUCCAAGAGCCAGAUCCAAGAGCANUCGGUCGGUCCGUCGGUCGGUCCGUCGGUCGGUCCGUCGGUCGGCCGCGCUGCAUGAGCUCCUCGGCUGGGCAGCGAGUGCGUUCUGAGGUGUCUUGGAGUGUCUUGGGUUGUCUUGGAGUAGUCUUAAAGUGUCUUGGCUUGUCUAUGAGUAGUCUUGGGUUGUCUUGA